CCCCUACUCUAAUAGAGAGUACCUACUUAUUGUAGAGUCGCAAACUUAUUCCGUCAUUGAAUACGACGCGCUGAGGUGUCCAGAACCAAGACGCACCCAGACUGGUCCCACUUCGCGUCUCUGCAGGGGAUGGCUGGCAUCUCCCGCUGAAUGUCAUCCGCAUGGAAGCACUCUACUUGUUCUGUCUGCGGUCACAAAGAGGCACGAAUCGAUAUAGAAGGGAAACCCCAAGAGCCGGCUUAUAUGUGUACAUGAAUUGCAACAAAACAGCCACCAAAAAUAAUAAUCAAAAAAAUAAUAAUCGCACAGUUCUCUAUGAGAGAGAAAAUACGACUGUCACCGCGACCCAACAUGGCUCACCUCCCGCCAUCAACCGCUAUAUUCUCUCCAUCAAUAGCUCGCAUCGCCGCCUCCACCGCCAAAGAUUGGAGUUACGUUGACAGCUGGCUCGCUUCGAAGUACCAGGGCCGCCCAGUCCCUUCCUUCGAACGCAAUUCCGAGACGCUGAAAGCCCUUCUCGCACUUGCCAACUCAAACGAGAACGCCGACGAGGAGCGCGAGCUAGUCGCCUCGGCCGAGAUUGGCGCCAUUCAUGACCUUGCCGCCACGCAGGACCUGCCCGAAAUCAAUUCAGAACUGCCGGCUUCCGAUGCCGCCCGGGAAAGGAUACUUGGUGCCGUUCAAGAUCACCUUACACGGGAAGGACGCACCGCCCUUAACUCCAUGGCCACGUUAUCGUGUCAGCUCACCGUCGCCUAUCCAGAUGCUGAAGCUCUCGGCCGUUCUAUGAUUGGUCUGCACGCUGAAGCUUCGGACGUGGAACAGACGAGAGUCCGCGUACAUAUUCUUCAGAAAUACAUUGAUCAGGAGUCGGCCGCAGUCGAUGAGCUAUUACGGACCCUGCACAGCGACGAUUACAAGCCUGCCAACGACCUGGCCCGCCAGAAUCUGGAGAUGCAAAGGAGGAUCAAAGCCAUGGCAGCGCGUAUCCCCGAGCUCAGGGACCGCAUUUCUAACCUCAACCACUAUACCGUUGCUUCUCAUCCCACGAUCGAGCAAAUGGCGCAGGAAGAAGCCUGUUACCUCGGCCUCCUGGCUGAAAAGAAGAGCUUGGAUGAAGAUGUCGAUCAAUUCUCCGGCCUCCCCGAUGAUGUGAAGACGGCCAGGGCCGAACUCGAGCAUCUCCGCGCAGAUGUUCUCGCCAUUACACGCCACCGCGACGCCAUCUUUGAGAGUCUUGUUGAGCGUGAAAGCCCUCGCAAGGGCCGUUAAUUAUAACUUUCCUACUGUGAUACGGUCUACAAUAUAGACACGGGCUGAUUUCCAUCUACCUAUGCCGAGGGGUAUUAGAACAAUUUUUCGUUAAAGACACUGAGCCUUCUGCUGUAGAGCAUCAACCGGGCCGCUUUCC